GAAGAAGUACCAGGAGCCCGGAUGAGUGGUACUUAAUGAAGCCCAGGCCUCUGCUCGCCCUUUUCCCGAAGAGCUAACCACGCUGGUGGAGACCGUUCCUGGCUCACCGCUGUUCGUCUGAAUUUCUUCCGAAUAAGUCGGUCAGGAAUAAUUAAAAUGGCUUUCAAGGAUACUGGUAAGGCCCCUGUGGAGGCUGAGGUUGCCAUUCACCGCAUCCGCAUCACCCUCACAAGCCGCAACGUCAAAUCUCUGGAGAAGGUCUGCGCAGACCUGAUCCGUGGCGCUAAGGAGAAGAACCUGAAGGUGAAGGGGCCUGUCCGCAUGCCAACCAAGACUCUGCGUAUCACCACCAGGAAGACUCCCUGUGGUGAGGGAUCCAAAACCUGGGAUCGCUUCCAGAUGAGGAUCCACAAGCGCCUGAUCGAUCUGCACAGCCCGUCUGAAAUUGUCAAGCAGAUCACCUCCAUCAGCAUCGAACCUGGUGUUGAGGUUGAAGUUACCAUCGCAGACGCAUAAACAAUGCAGAUGAUUUAAUAAAGAAACAAAAAGGAAA